AUGUUUCAGAUAUAAUCACUGAUUUCCGAUACAAUAUAAAAAGUUGAUAACACAUUGCUAAGUCUACUUGCAACUAGUGUAAAGGAUCGAAGGACCAUGAAGACCUACGCAUUUGCCGUUUUGAUGCUCUUGGCUGGCGCCAGCGCCUUGCCUACUAUUAGCGAAGAUGAACUCAGGCAACAGAGAGUGAUCACCGACACCAUCCUCGGUCUGAUCGACGGAGUGAGCCAAGCCAUCCAGGCCCGUGGUCUAGACCCAUACCACCUUAAAUUUGCCGAGAGUUCCUUCGCUCUUUCAGAACCUGAAAUCCUCAGUGGCUACGCCUUCGCCAGGGAUGUUAACUUGGUGGGUCUCAGCAACAUCAGAGUGAACAACAUCAACUUCUCAAUCCUCGCCCAGAGACUGACCAUUGACCUCUCUCUGCCAAAUCUCAGAGGCAGCGUUGGUGAAUCCCACUUCGAAAUGAACUUGUUCGACCGUGAACUCGAUGGACAGGGCAGUGGAAGUUUGGAAAUCGUCAACCUCGGUCUUAAAGCCGAUGUCAGGGUGUCCGUCGGUGUCAUCUCUGGUAUCACCGUUCGCAGCAUCGAUUUGGACUUGUAUCUUGACAAUGUUGUGUCCGACUUGCAAGUGAACCUCUUCGGCCGCGACCUCUCCGCCUCCUUCAACAACUUCUUCAACGGUCUUCCCGCCUUCGUAAAAGAGAACACGGUUGCCAUCAACGGUCUCCUUGAGUACAUUGCGUGGAUCAUCGUUGAAAGAGUUCUUGAUAACUAAUUUGAAUAAAUACUUCAAGUUGGAUUGUUUUGAAAUGUGAUUUAAUGCAAGUAAGAUCGAUGUGUUGUUAAAAUAAAUAUGUAUAAAAAUAUAACUUAUGUAUUAUUAUAUAAUUAAAUAAAAUACUCACACAUA